AUGAAGAACAACGCCGGCACUCAAAAAGAACAGAUGCAGAAGUCGGAGAACUCCACUUGGCGACAAGAGUGUGUUGAGCUCUCGAGGAAACUCGAAGAACGCUACAAUGCCGGCCAGCCCCUCUUCACCAAGAAGCAAUUAUCCAGUCUCGCGGAGCAAAUAGCCAACAAGACCAGGAUUGUUCAGAUCACUGGCAUGGACGGGAAAACGACCUGGGAUCCUAUUGAAUGGGACUAUUUUCAGAACGAGUGGGUGAAGACGGACUCGAGAAGCGAUUUGAAGGCUAACCGUCUUGUUAUCCCAUGCCCGUCGGAUCAGCCAGACGAGUUGCCUAAACCUUCUUGCUCUGUUAAUGUAGAACGCGGAAAGAUGCCCGUCCAAUCGACUCCAGCCCAGGUUGCCAUGGCCCUUGGAAAGAUGAGUGCGGAAUUUGACAAAUACGAGAAUGCGUGGAAGGCAAGCCCGCAAUGCCGAAAGCUCAAGGACAUACUGUUUUCAGUACCUAUCCCCAAUGCGAUAAACAGAAUCAUUUGCUUCGGCUUGGGCGACUUGUUAGAUGAUUCCGACGAUGAGAACGAGCAGAUCGGGUCGAGUAACGGAAGCUCCGAGGUUCGAAGUCACGUCCAGCACGCGGUCGCCCUGACCAUGGCACGAGUACUGGAGGAGCGAACCGGCCGGGAGAUUCGAUGCCAUUCGCAGGACCCAGCAUAUACCCAAGCCACCAUUGAGUUCCUCCAGAGUCGCAACAUCAUGGUGCUUCAUGAUCCACAGGGAUUCGUCGAAGUCGAUGAAACGACGCUGGUCUUCAGCGUCGCUCCGAGCGUGCCUGUCAAGCAGAUCGUAACAGAGCUGGCCAGGCCGGCCAUAAUUAUCUGGGACACCAUGAUGCCUGUGGAUAAGGACAGCAGGGAGUGGGAGCUGAUGAGGUUCCCCAACGGCAAUGAGACAUGGAUCAGCCCAUGGAUUUCCGAUCCUGAUUCUGCACGCACGCGGAAGAUGGAAGAGGAAGAGUACACAUCAUACCCCUUUCCCGAGGACCCUAUCGCCUUGGGCGACAUCCAAAUUCUUGUCAAGAAGGCAUCGAACGAGGGAAAAGACACGGCGCAGCGGUUAUGA